AGCCCAGGCAGUAGUUCGGGCCAGCCCACACCGGCGGGGGUACCCAUCUUAGCCUCAGCAAUGCGUAUAGAAAUAGACAAGACUAUCUGUCAAGGCAAUCAUGUCUUGGUGAGUCGGUUUGUGUCCAAGUUGGAGCAAACAGCACCUGUGCCCAUACCAACUCUGCACAAGAUGAGGGUAGGCAUACAUGAUCAACAGCCAGAGCGCCGUAUGCCACUAGUGGAUGCGGAGCUCAGACGACGAUAUGACCAUGCAAUCAACGAUUGUGGUGAUGAUGGGGAAGACAAACUCAUCCAGAGCAGUCUGUACAUUAGUGAGCUAGAGCUCAUGCGUUCACGUUUAUGCGAUCAGAUAAACGAACCAUCUCUUAAGCAAUUGCUCAAGACCUCUGAAUUUCCUAAGAUGCCUAAGGAUAGUUUCUUUAGAAUGGAAAAAUGUGAAGAUAUCAUAGAGUUCACUACACAAUGUAGUGAUCUGUUCUUAGCUAAAUCAAUGCCUCCGUGUCAGUAUUCAGCACUAGCGCGAAGCCUUUUGGAUUCCACUGAUGCAACGGAGAAGACCAAAUCAGUACUCAACAAUCUAAGAGAUUCUGAGACACAUGCAACUAGGCACUUCACCGAUCCUGAGCAGUUCAAUGGAAUCAUUAUUGACCGGCUCUUAUCACAUCCAGUAGACGAUCUAUUGGAGAAGUUUCUCAAUGACAUGCAGAAUAAGAAGAUGAACGUCGAGGUGCGCACAGAGCGUGUGCACACGACAAUGGCGAUGUUGGAGGAACGUUACCGCAACUCAGACAAGGAACCCAUACACUUCCAAAUCCUCAAAGUACAAAGGUACCUAGCACUUAAGUACUAUAGAUUGCAAUCAGUUGUGGAUACUCUCAUUGAAGGAGACAAGCAACCGGAUGGGAGUGAAGGACACUUGUCCGACAUGGACCACGCCAAGUUUCAUACUAUGACUGCGACACACAUAAGAACGGCGGCUGUGACACAAGCAGAGCAUAUGUUGAGGGAUCAGGUGCGAGCAGCAAACAAGCGUAAUAACGCAUAG